AUGGUUGCCUGGGAGAAAGAGAAGAAGCCAAAGGCCCCGAGGACGCUGAUCACUGCUGAUGGACGAGUCAUGAACGUCAACGAGCCAAAGCUCGGCUUCUGUCUAACUGAGGAUGAAGAAAAUAACACCAUUGUCUUAAACUUGGAAGUGUACAGACACAUGGACACCUCUCUGAUCGACGUAGAUGUUCAGCCAACAUACGCCAGAGUCACCGUCAAAGGAAAGAUAUUUCAGAUGGUUCUGCCUGCUGAAGUGAAGCCCGACAGCUCGACAGCUCAGAGGUCCCAAACCACGGGACACCUGGUCCUCACUAUGCCCAGGGCUGAAGGUGAAAUCAAAGUGACAAAGACAGUCCCACGUCGGCCCAGAGCGAGUCAGAGCAGACGCAGCAGCUCGCCUGAGGGCAAUAAGAGGAGAAACAGUGUUCCUGAGAGGCUGGAGGUGGACCCCAGCAAGCACACAGCCAUCGACCUUGCCAACAUCGUACCGUGCCGGGACGCCAAAGAAGGUCCUCUUGAAACAUCCCGGCUGGCUCCACCUGCAACAACAGGUCACAGCAGCUUCUCUGACGGGUUUGUGGAUGACCCUGAUGUCCCCCCACUGGUGUAAGACUUUAGGAAAUAACACUGACCGCUAAGGAUGCCUUGGUCCGGAUGCCCUUCAUGUAAAAGAUGCAGAUGACUGUAGAACUUGAAAUGGUUGUAUUAAGCAACUAAUCUGCCUCCUCAGACCUUUAUAGGGGUAAAAACACUGAGUCAGACCCUCUGCCCCCAAAAUCUGUCAAAAUUAAGUGACACAUCAACUAAAUCUCUAAUGGAGGUAACACUGUGAAACUACUGAGUUGUAGAGAAAAUACCAGCUAUUUCAAUAGUGUUACAAAUCAGCAAGACUUUUACUGACCCUUUAGAUAACUUUGUGUUUCCUGUCUCAGCUCACUGAAAGAGUCAAGCUUCCGCUAAAUUCCCACCCUGACACCUCUUAAACCUGAUAUAUGUCACAUGUAUAGUGAUUUAUUGUUUGGAAAAAUAUCCUAAAAUGCAACCAAAGCUUUUGAAUACCAGACAAUAAAUGAGGAUUUUGUAUUAAAUUCAAAAUAAAAUGUGAAAGAUUUCUAUUAACUUGGACAAAAACUUGUGACAGUUUUAAACAGUGGGUCGACAGUCGCAUUUUGGUCGACACUAAAAUAGCAUUUGAAGUUGCUCUUUUCACUGAAAACUUUUAAAAUAUUUUUAGGGCAUUUUUUUUUGCCUUCAUUAGAUGACCAAUGAUAAAAAGAUGGCAGAACAAAAGGGGAGAGACAGACGAGGAAUGACAUGCAACAAAAGUCCACUGCCAGAUAUGAACUGGGACUCUGUGGUUUAUGGCGACUUUAAAGGGAGAGUUCAGAUCUUUUGAAGUGUGGUUGUGUGAAGUACUAAACCGUAGUCAGUGUAUAACCUACAGUAGAUGUCUGUCAGCACAGCCCCAGUUUGGAGAAGCAGCAGGAGUGCCAACGUGCAAGCUAAGCAACGUACUGCUGUGGACGGUAGCAGCAAGUAGGGAUGCAGCUAAUAUCAGCAUGUCAUUGAUAUCGGCCAACAUACUUUUUCUUAUUUUGCACAAUGAAUGAAUAUUACAUACACUGAAAAGCAUUCUGUUUCAUGUCUCCAUCUGCUGGUGGGCCGUCAGGAUACGAGUAUGUAUGUAUAAUAUGAUGUUGAUUCCACUACAGAGGAGACUUAAUGAUCUAGGGGUGUCCCCGACUAAGAAUGUUUUGACAGAUUUUUCCUUUAGCCGACUAAUUUUCGAAUCAUGUUGUUUUUCCCGUCAUUGAUUAAUGAGCUCAUCUGUGUCAGUUUCCGCUCCAGAGAAAAGAGAUAAAAUGCCCAAAUAAACAAAUUUAAUUCUUCAGCUGGCAUAAUAAGAUAAUAAUGAUAAAAGUAAAAGGGUUAUCAUUUUAUCUUUAUCUUUAUUCCUUUCACUUCAUCAAGGUAUGAUGCUCUAGAUGAGCGCAGACGUGCUGCAGCCUCAUGCAUGUCUUUAACAGGAGUCGUUUCUGACUCGUCAGAACUUGCCAUUUCAUUCACAAAUAAACAUCCAAAAACAUCAUCAAAAGGUUUAGAAACAGUUUUCCUUCUUUCUGACUUCAAGUUACUUCAUUAAUCAACUCAGGUUCAUACAAGUUCAUCCACACGGACCGUGCGUCACGCCUCUCAAUUGUUUGGCCAUGUCGGACAAAAAGUAGCCAAAUAAAAAAUCAGAGUCUAUCAAGAAAUCAAUCAGUGAAAUUCAUUUCAAGACACUUCAGGUAAACGAAUAAUCCUUCAAAAAAGUUUGAUUUGAGAGCACAUACCUCCUCCGAAGGGUUUGUUUAUGCGCUCCGCCACCGUAAAUCAUCACCACAUGAUUCCCGAGUGCGGCACCGCUGCUGUGCACCGCUCCCUCAGGGGAUGGGUCAAAUGCAGAGAACAAAUUUCACACACUCAGGUGUGUGACAGUCAGUGGGACUUUAACUUCAACUUUAAAUCACCGUAGCCCUCGAUGCUGCUCUGAUGGUCCUGCAGCGCACUCACUUACUGUACCUCAGCUAUUUGUGGAUCAAGCAACUGGGUGAUUUAUUGAUGCGUAGUAAUGAUUAUGCCUACUGAUUAAACGCACGCGUCAUUUUCAGAAAUUAGGCUGAUGUUUGUAUCAAAAUAGGCUAUAUAUCAUGAAAUACUAGAAAACAAAUACAUUCUAUGUCAAAUCAAGAUGUUCAGCAGCAGUGAGCACCCCCAUAUAGUCAGAAUGGUACGGUCUUGUUUCAUAACUACAUUUUGCGACGAUUCAACGGCGAGGUGGACAAAAAAGGGGAUUAAUCAGUAUUGGUUAUCGGCCAAAUAAGUUGUUAUACAUCGGCAUAUCAGAUAUCAGCAAGAUCAGUAUUUUAGCCAUCUAAAAAUUUCACUACCAGUUUAGAUGUACGUACACUAUAGACUGAAUCACCAUGACGUCACAUUAACAACAACAAUCACUUCCGGGUGGACAACUUUCACUUGAUGUGAAUUGCAGACAUAUGUAAAAUCAGCAAACCUGUUUAUUUUUGUUGUCAUUUUCAGACGUAACUGUUACAUUUAAAAGUAUAUACUUAAACACGGAGGUCUGACCCAUCUGACGUUUCUGCUGGGCUUAUUUUAUGUACUUUGUUGCUCUGCUAGCAUCUUCGAUGAACCAAAUCCAAAGGUACACAAGCUAAACAAUGUCCUGCUGAGGACAGGGCUGCAGCAAAACAUAUUUUAGUCAACCAGAAAAAUCAUAAUCACUCCAAGUAUACGCUACAUUUGAAUAUUUAUUCUGCAUUAGCUUACACACUGAGCAAUCAGGGCUGCGGUCGACCAGCAACUCCAGUGUUCAGCAAAGUAAAAUUACUGUUUAUGUUAAUGGAGUGUGGUGAGAUAUUUGAGAUAAUGGCUUCAAUUCCCCGUCAGAAAAGGCUGUCUGACAGCAAGGUAAAGCGGUAGACAUAUUCUGAAUACAGAGUUCACUGAAAAUGAUCUUGAUUGUUUUCAUGUGGCUAAAAUAUGUUUUGUCGCUGACCCUGUCGAGCGGUGCAGCACAUCGCUUAGCUUCCGUGUCGGACUCCAGCCUGCUUCUCCAAACUGGGGGCGUGCUCUCAGACAUCUACUGUAGGUUAUACACUGAAUAUGGUUAAGUACCUCAUACAACCCCUCUUCAAAAGAUCCAAACUAUCCCUUUAACCUUAACCACCUUAACUUCUGUAUUAAAAAAAUGUAAAAGGAAAGACAAAUUAUAAUUACAUGUCGAGCUCUGCACCGUUGAUUAGAUAUUCAUGAGAGCCUUGUGUUGGUGUAUAGAUGGUGAUGAGUCAUGAGGUGUACCACUGCUGCUCCUGAAAACAAAAUUAAUGUUAUUCUUAUUGAACUGACCCCUGGUCCGUGACCCUUUAACCUCUUUAAACUCUGAUGGAUUUAUGUUUCCAAGAACAGAUAAAAAGCUUCAGGGAGAAAAUAAAAGUUGUUUUUCUUUGUUACUUUUUGCACAUGUUUGUUUUUUACCCUGUGAACUGCAGCUGGAAGGGCAACGCUGCAGAAAGCUG